AGCAUCAACUGCAGCAUAAAAAUGAGGAAGGGGAGGGGUGAUGAGGGAGAGUGAGGAUAGAGAGGGAGGGAAGGAAGGAGAGAGAGGGAGAGAUGGAGAGAGGGAAGGAGCAUGUUGUUCACUGUAGAGCUUUCAUUGAUAAAGUAGCUCUCGCCUUGCGCUGGUCUCUGUCUGCAGCUGGAGUGUGAACGUAGCAUUAACAGCACAUCACUCUCUCUCUCGUUCAACCUGCAACAGAAACAACAAAGCAACAAAACCACAGCUAGCAGAGCAGAUGCACAGGGACCAUAACAGCAGAGCUGGGACCAACAGAUCAGGGACCAUAACAGCAGAGCUGGGACCAACAGAUCAGGGACCAUAACAGCAGAGCUGGGACCAACAGAUCAGGGACCAUAACAGCAGAGCUGGGACCAACAGAUCAGGGACCAUAACAGCAGAGCUGGGACCAGGAUAGCAAGAGCCUGUCAAUCCAUCACUCUGGGCUCUGCCGAGGCUAGUGUUCUACCACUGGCCAACAUGAAGCUGCUGAACGGAGGAGGAGGAGGAGGAGGAGGAGGAGGAAAAGGAGAAGGACGAGGAGGAGGACGAGGAGGAGGAGGAGGAGGAGGAGGAGAAGAAGAAGUAAGAGGAGGAGGAGGACGAGGAGGAGGAGGAGAAGGACGAGUAGGAGGAGGAGGAGAGAAGAAUGCAUUCUCCUUCAAGAAGUGUUCUGCUUUUCAGUUUGUGAAGAGAAAGGUCAGGAAGUGGAAAAUGUUGAGCCGUCACCACGGUGAUGCUAAGCAGAAGGAGGCGGAGUCUGAGGUUCACCUUGGGGGCGGACUAUGGGGGGUGAGAACCAACCGCCAGCUGACUAGCCCUGUCCUGCUGGAGUGCUGUGUCUGCAGUGGACCCUUCGUUAGCUACGCUCUGGAAGAGGCCUGGCAGCCACGGCAACGCACACAGGCGAUGGAUCUGUACUACCAUAGUGAACCAGACCCAGAGUACUACUGCUGUCGCAACGACUCUACUUUUAUGAAACAGAGCAGAUUGGGGCUGAAUGACUUCAUUCAGAGGCUGGCCACUAGUAACUCUGACACCUGCAAACAUCCUGAGGUUCAGUCCUUUGUCAACUUGGCUCCCCAACAACAGGAGGCUGAACUCAUGAACUCGAUUCCCUCUCCUCCUCCCAGUCCCUCCCAGCAGAUGAACCUGGGCCCGACCUCCAACCCCACAGCCAAGCCCAGUGACUUCCACUUCCUGAAGGUGAUAGGGAAGGGUAGCUUCGGGAAGGUCCUCCUCGCCAGGCACCGAACAGACGACCAGUUCUACGCUGUUAAGGUGCUGCAGAAGAAGGCCAUCCUGAAGAAGAAAGAGGAGAAGCACAUCAUGUCAGAGAGGAACGUCCUGUUGAAGAACAUCGAACACCCCUUCCUGGUGGGACUACACUACUCCUUCCAGACAGCUGAUAAACUCUACUUUGUGCUGGACUACAUUAACGGAGGAGAGUUGUUCCACCAUCUCCAGAGGGAGUGGUGUUUCUUAGAGCCCCGGGCCAGGUUCUAUACAGCGGAGAUCGCCAGUGCCCUAGGCUACCUGCACUCUCUAAACAUCGUGUACAGAGACCUGAAGCCUGAGAAUAUUCUACUGGACUCUCAAGGACACAUCAUACUCACGGACUUCGGGCUCUGCAAGGAGAACAUAGAACAGAACGGAACCACGUCGACGUUCUGUGGAACUCCAGAGUACCUCGCUCCAGAGGUGUUACACAAGCAGCCGUACGACAGGACGGUUGACUGGUGGUGUUUAGGAGCCGUGCUUUAUGAGAUGCUGUAUGGCCUGCCUCCGUUCUACAGUCGUAACACAGCAGAGAUGUACGACAACAUCCUGAACAAGCCCCUGCAGCUCAAACCCAACAUCUCUAACGCUGCCAGGCACAUACUGGAGGGACUGCUGCAGAAAGAUCGUACGCAACGACUGGGACACAGCCACGACUUUGAGGAGAUCAUGAACCACAUGUUCUUCUCCCCCAUCAACUGGGAUGCCCUGACCGCUAAGAAGCUCACCCCUCCUUUCAACCCAAACGUGACGGGCCCUAAUGACCUUCGUCACUUUGAUCCAGAAUUCACAGACGAGCCCGUCUCCUCUUCCAUUGGCUGUUCUCCUGACUCCUCCCUCAUCACUGCCAGCAUCACGGAGGCAGCCGAUGCCUUCCUAGGGUUCAGCUACGCACCCUCCAUGGGCUCAUACCUGUAGGAUAUCAUACCUGUGGGAUAUCAUACCUGUGGGAUAUCAUACCUGUGGGACACAUCAUAAAUUCACUAACUAAAUAGGAACAAUCCCCCAUAUCCCGGGGGUACACACCUGUAGUUCUACCCCCCCCCCCCAACCCUAAGGGAGAUAUCCCGGGGGUACACACCUGUAGUUCUACCCCUCCCCCAACCCUAAGGGAGAUAUCCCGGGGGUACACACCUGUAGUUCUACCCCUCCCCCAACCCUAAGGGAGAUAUCCUGGGGGUACACACCUGUAGUUCUACCCCCCCCCCCAACCCUAAGGGAGAUAUCCCGGGGUUACACACCUGUAGUUCUACCACCCCAACCCUGAGGGAGAUAUCCCGGGGGUACACACCUGUAGUUCUACCCCUCCCCCAACCCUGAGGGAGAGGUAGAUCUGAAUGUCCCGGAAGACAGAGAGCCGGGGAGGGGGGGAGGGGGGGGCGUUCGCUCUUUAAGAGGUGCCUUUAUAAAGAUGCUGUUCUCUCUCCAUCACACUUGUCGUUCCUGUCUCGCACUGAUGACUCAUGAGUCUGUCCCAAAUAGCACCCUAUUCCCUAUAUAGUGCAUUACUUUAGACCAGAGCCCUAUUCCCUAUAUAGAACACUACUGUUGACCAGAGCCCUAUUCCCUAUAUAGAACACUACUUUAGACCAGAGCCCUAUUCCCUAUAUAGAACACUACUGUUGAGAGCCCAGAGCCCUAUUCCCUAUAUAGUGCACUACUUUAGACCAGAGCCCUAUUCCCUAUAUAGAACACUACUGUUGACCAGAGCCCUAUUCCCUAUAUAGUGCACUACUUUAGACCAGAGCCCUAUUCCCUAUAUAGAACACUACUGUUGACCAGAGCCCUAUUUCCUAUAUAGUGCACUACUUUAUACCAGAGCCCUAUUCCCUACGUAGUACACUACUUUAGACCAGGGCCCUAUUCCCUAUAUAGUGCACUACUUUAGACAAGAGCCCUAUUCCCUAUAUAGUACACUACUGUUGACCAGAGCCCUAUUCCCUAUAAACGUCCCGACGAGUCCCUACCCCCUAAUCGCUACACCCCCCCCUCCUCCCCUUAGAUCCGUCCUCUCCCCUACUCCCUACCCCCUAAUCGCUACACCCCCCCCUCCUCCCCUUAGAUCCGUCCUCUCCCCUACUCCCUACCCCCUAAUCGCUACGCCCCCCUCCUCCCCUUAGUCUUCCAGUCUCCUCUUGAUGAUGUAGUGAUGAUUUAACGUUGUCUGAACUCAACAUUCCAUUUUAAUAUUGAGUGCGAUGUGUUUUGAGUUUGUUUGUUUAUCUGAAGUCUAUUUGUGUAUUAAUGUAUAUGGAACAGGAAACUAAAUGCUUAAAUAAUGUAUGGAACUAAUUCAUGUUAAAUGUAAAUGUUUAUUAAAAUACAUGCGAUCUACAAAAAAUAAA